CCCAUACAUCCACACUCAUUAGGCGCCCCCAGACACACACGCACACACUUCAGAAGCGAGCUGGCGGUUCAACUCUCAUCCCUCCGGGAACAGACAUGACAUGGUAGCAUAGUCAUGGAAGAGGCUGUCCAACACUUUGAAUCAGCCAGUCAACAAAGACAUUUAAAAGAGAAAAAGGUCAAGUGGUGAUUUGAUUUAAAUCCCCAAGCUUUUAACAAGACGUAUACUUAAUAGUAUAAGUGGGCCUGGGAAUACUGAUGUGGACACGACAGCACAGCAUGGAUAAAACGACUUCAAAUCUGCAGCUUACGCUGAGCAAGGCCCACAGCAGGAUCACAUUUGCCCUUGGACUCAUUGAGUUUGUCUUUCAAGAAACCCAAUUAGUGGAAGAACCGACAGUGUGAAUUGAAGCUCAUCUUUGCAAGUCAGUGCAAGGUUACCAACAUAAUCGCACAAGGUUAAGUCCAGUGAUGUUGUCAAAAAUAUUGAUAGGUCUCAUCCUGACCUUCCUCAUCCUCCUGACUAUCGGCGGCAACGUUUUGGUGUGCCUUGCGGUCUGCGCCUCCAGACGCCUCCGCUGCCUCACUAAUUGCUUCAUCGUGUCGCUGGCGGUGACGGACCUCCUGCUGGGCCUCGUCGUACUCCCCUUCUCUGCCCACCUGCAGCUCACAGACGACUGGCCGCUGGGUCCAGUCUUCUGCAACUUCUACAUCUCCAUGGACGUCAUGCUGUGCACCGCCUCCAUCCUCACCCUCUUGGCCAUCAGUGUGGACCGCUACUUGGCAGUGACCAUGCCCCUCAGAUACACCUCACUGGUGCUGCCUUGGAGGGUAGUGGUGGCCAUGGCGAGUGUCUGGACCGUGUCCGUGGCCGUGUCCUUCUUGCCCAUCUACAUGGGAUGGAACACGGUCAACGGGACGGUGCAAAACUACGGGCCGCGUGUUCCUGAGAGGACGUGCCGCUUUGAGCUGAACAGGCCUUACGUUUUAACAGACUCUCUUCUCACAUUCUACCUGCCUCUGCUGGCCAUGUGCUGGACAUACCUCAGAAUACUUUGCAUCGCACGGGCACAAAUCAAGCGCAUCAUCAGUGCUCGGCCCACGUACGUCACCAGCUACAGCUGCAGGAGCAACCAAACAACCAUCACCACUGUGGUCUCCAGUAUCCCAGCGUCAGCACUGAGGGAGCACAAGGCCACAGUGACGCUGGCGGCAGUCAUAGGAGCGUUUGUGGUCUGCUGGCUACCUUAUUUCAUCCUGUUCACAGCGCUGGGCCUACAGGAGCAUCCCGACCCAAACAAAGUGCCACAGUUCUCCAUCGUCCUGUGGUUGGGUUACGCCAACUCGGCCCUCAAUCCGAUCCUCUACGGAGCACUCAACAGGGACUUCAGGUCGGCCUACGCUCACUUACUGAGAUGCCGGUGGCCAACUUACAGCAGCUGGUGGAGCAGGCAUCCCUCUCCCAACGUAACAACAGCCAGAGAACAGCUCAUGGAGGUGACGCUGCUAUGUGGACACACGCCCGCCAGCUGCAGGGCAGGACACACGGAUCAGAACUUUAUGCUGCAGGAAACAAGCAGAAGGACAAACACAGCCAUCACCCAGUUUGCAAAUGAUGCAGCUGCCACAGAUGUCAACUGCAAUGAAGGCUCAUGAGCUCAGCUCAUGAUGAGCCUCUGCUGCUGAAGGAUAUCAGACCGGACAAAACCAUCAAGUCAACCUUUAAGGCCUCUCUGACAGGAAGCUACCAUUACAGCAAUUCUGAGGUCCACCAAAGCGGAUUAAGUCAUACACGCCAGUGGGUAAUGGACUCAAAAGGAAGACCUCAGCAGCUCAUCGGACAAAAGCAUCAAUGCGCACUUCACCUGCUCCACUGCACAAAAAGAGGCAAAACACUGAAGGAUACAACUUCUCCUUACUUACUUCUUCGUGCUAAUGCAUGCUUUCAUCUGCAAUGUCAGUGAGACUCUCCCUUGUGUCUCCAUGAAGGACCUAUCAUGACCAUCAUGCAUGACAUUAACCACAAGAAGUAAUGUACAUUUGGAUGCCUUGUCAAGAGUUCUCUCUAGCGGUUGUAUGAAGUAUUAGAAGCUAGACCUGCACUCCUCCUAAAUAGAUGUAAAGAUGGAAUCAAAUGUCUUAUUACUUGAAUUGUAAAUGGUCUUUCCCUUGUAUGGCGCUUUUCCACCAAGGUACUCAAAGCGCUCUGACGCUGUUAGCACAUUUACCUAUUGAGGACGCAGCAUCAGGAGAAGCUGGGUUUCAGUAUCUUGCCCAAGGACACCUCGACACGAUCACAGGAGGACGGAGGAUCAAACCCGCAACCUUCAGAUUGGAAAACGGCCACUCUACCACCUGAGCCAUGCCACUCCCAGCGUGCACAAAUACAGUAAACUUAUGUGUAAUUUUCUUUAACCUGACUGACUUGUUGGCAUGUUGUCCAAUGAA